AUGAUAGACUUCGCCAAUACUAUCUAUUUACAAGUGGGAGCACCGCUGCCGCUUCCUGCUGCUGCUGCUGCUGUUGCUGCUGCUGCUGCUGCUGCUAAACAUCAGCAGCAGCAGCAGCAGCAGCAGCAACAGCAGCAGCAGAAUAAACAGGAAAAAGAAAAACAAAAAGAAACUUCUUUUCUCACUAUUGAGUGGGAGCCGCCAGCAACACCAGCAGCAGCUGCAGCAGCAACACCUGCAGCAGCAGCAGCAACACCUGCAGCAGCUGCUGCAACACCAGCAGCAGCAGCAGCAGCAACACCUGCAGCAGCUGCAGCAACACCUGCAGCAGCUGCAGCAACACCAGCAGCAGCAGCAGCAACACCUGCAGCAGCUGCUGCAACACCAGCAGCAGCUGCUGGAACACCAGUAGCAGCUGCAGCAACACCAGCAGCAGCUGCUGCAGCAGCAGCACCAGCAGCAGCAGCAGCAGCAGCAGCAGCAGCUGAAGGUGUAUCGAUGUCUUCUGUUUGUAAGGAUGAAAGAAAAGACGGCGCUGCGCCGCCGUCUACUGCGGAUGCUGCAGCAGCAGCAGCAGCUGCUGCUGCUGCUGCUGCAGCUCCGGUUGCUGCUGCAGCACCGGUUGGUGCUGCGUCGCCUGCAGUUCCUGCUGCAGUUCCUGCUGCUGCCGCAGCAGCAGCAGCAGCAGCAGGAGCUGUGGCUGCAUCAGCAGCAAAGGCCUCGCUGGGUGCUGCUGCUGCUGCAGCAGCAGCAGAACAGUGUGGGGAUCGUCUCCUCCCGCACCCGCAUCGUACUCAGCUGCUGCCUCCAGAGGAGAGGGGCCAGGGGCAGCUUCUUGCUGCUGCUGCUGCUGCUGCAGGUAGCAGCAGCAGCAGCAGCAGCAGCAGCAGCAGGAGUGGCAGUCGAGGGCAACGCCACCGUGAUGCUGCUUCUGACGAAGAGACGCAGCAGCAGCAGCAACAGCAACAGCAGCAGCAGCAGCAGCAGCAGCAGCAAGCAGUGGAUGCUCCAGCUGCAGCUGCUGCUGAAGCAAAGCCGCCUGUAGCAGAGUUCUCUCCGAGGGCUUCAGCAGCAGCAGCAGCAACAGCUGCAGCAGCAGCAGCAGCAGCAGCAGCAGCAGGUGUUAAGGCUGCGUCAGAAUUGAAGGGGGGGCAGAUAGACCCCUCAGCAGAUGCAGCAGCAGCAGCACCAGCAGAAGCUCCAGCUGUAGCAGCAGCAGCAACAGCAGCAGCAACAGCUGCAGCAACAGCAGCAGCAACAGCAGCUGCAGCAGCAAGCAACAGCAGCAGCAACAGCUGCAGCAACAGCAGCAGCAACAGCAGCUGCAGCAGCAACUGCAGCAGCAACAGCAGCAGCAGCAGCAGCAGCAGCAGCACCCGCGGUCGCUUCAACUCCCGCCUUGGUGCAGCAGCAGAUGGCCUCUCCUCUCUCAGCUCCGAUCGCGAACUGCAGCAGCAUCCUGCAGGAGCAGCAGCAGCAGCAGCAGCAACACAAGCAGCAACAGCAGCAGCAGCAGCAAAGACACAGAGCAGCAGAGGGUCUUCCUUCGAAUCAGAAAGAAGGCAACAGCAGCAGCAGCAGCAGCAGCUGCUUGCAGCAGCAGCUGUUGCUGGUGGUGCUGCUAGUGCAGCAGAAGCAGCAGCAGCUGCUGCUGCUGCUGCUGCAGCAUCUUCUAUCUCUCCUUCAGAUAAAGGGGCUGAGGAAACCCAGCAGGUAUCUCUGCCUUCUCCAGCAGCAGCAGCAGCAGCAGCAGGAGCAGCAGCAGGCGCGGCAGCAGCAGCAGCAGCACAGCCGCCAGCUACCGAAGCAGCAGCAGCAGCAGCACCAGCAGCAGCAGCAGCAGCAGAGGAUCCUUCGGUUGCUGCUGAGAGGCAGCAAGAAGACAGAGGAGCCCCCAGAAAGGAGAAGCUGCAGCACAAGCACCGCAGCAAGACCCACAAGCAGCAGCAGCAGCAGCAGCAGCAGCAGCAGCAGCAGCUGCAGCAGCUGCAGCAGCAAGGACGACGCAGCAGCAACACACAGCCAAGCAGCAACAAGCAGAAAAAGUAUUCUGAGAGGGAGAAGAAGAGACCAGCAGCAGCAGCAGCAGCAGCAGCAGCAGCAGCAGCAGGAUCAGCAGCAGCAGCAGCAGCAGCAGCCGCAGCAGCAGCAGCAGAGGGGAAUGCGGCGUUCGUUCCGCUGCGCGGAGAACCCUCAUAUAGAGUGGCAACGUACAGCAACAGCAGCAACAGCAGCAGCAGCAGCAGCAGCAGCAGCAGCAGCAACAGCAGCAGCCGCAGCUCAUCUAUCUCUGCUCUCUCCCCUAGAGAUGGUAUUGAGGCGGGGUAUGAAGCCGAAGACGACGCAGCAGCAACACACAGCCAAGCAGCAACAAGCAGAAAAAGUAUUCUGAGAGGCAGAAGGAGAGACCAGCAGCAGCAGCAGCAGCAGCAGCAGCAGCAGCAGGAUCAGCAGCAGCAGCAGCAGCAGCAGCAGCAGCAGCAAAGGGGAAUGCGGCGUUCGUUCCGCUGCGCGGAGAACCCUCAUAUAGAGUGGCAACGUAGUCGUGAGCAGCAGCAGCAGCAGCAGGAGCUGCAGCAGCUGCAGCAGCUGCAGCAGCAGCUGGAACAGCAGCAUAAUCAGCAGCAGCAGCAGCAACAGCAGCAGCAGCAGCAGCAGAUGAUGAUGAUGACAGCAGCAAACAAAACUAGAAAACGUUCUUCUUCUUCUCUACCCCGUGCUGCCUCUGAUUUAUUUAACUCUGUGCUGCUGCAGGAUUUCAGUGGCUCUGGGCGGCAGCAGCAGCUGCUGCAGCUGCUGCGGCGGCAGGCGGAGCUGCACCUGAUGCAGCAGCAGCAGCAGGAGUACAUGCUGCAUAUGCUGCGGCUCAAUAGCCGUGAGCUGCGAGCAGGAAAGCUGGGUACACCAGCAGCAGCAGCAGCAGCAGCAGCAGCUGCUGCUGCUGCUGCUGCUGCUGCUGCUGCAGAAGGGACCGAGCUGCAGCAGCUGCAGCAGCUGCAGCAGCAGCUGGAACAGCAGCAUAAUCAGCAGCAGCAGCAGCAGCAGCAGCAGCAGCAGAUGAUGAUGGUGACAGCAGCAAACAAAACUAGAAAACGUUCUUCUUCUUCUCUACCCCGUGCUGCCUCUGAUUUAUUCAACUCUGUGCUGCUGCAGGAUUUCAGUGGCUCUGGGCGGCAGCAGCAGCUGCUGCAGCUGCUGCGGCGGCAGGCGGAGCUGCACCUGAUGCAGCAGCAGCAGCAGGAGUACAUGCUGCAUAUGCUGCGGCUCAAUAGCCGUGAGCUGCGAGCAGGAAAGCUGGAAGGGACUGCAGCACAAACACCAACAACCAGCAGCAAAAGAAACUUCACGAGACGCAUACGGCAGCAACGCAGCAGGCCUCCUGUUGCUGCUGCUGCUGCUGCUGCAGCACAGAGCCUCCGCAGCAGCGCCACCAAUACCCCAUCAACCCGUCGUCGUUUGCUGCAGCAGCAGCUGAUGCUUGAGCGGCAGCUGCUGCAGCAGGAAGUCUGUCUUAGAAUCUUCCAAGCGCAGCAGCAGCAGCAGCAACAGCAGCAGCAGCAGCAGCAGCAGCAGCAGCAGCAGCAAGACAUGCAGCAAUCUCUCUCAACACCAUGGACACCCAGAAGACACAGAAAAAAAGAACACAAAAAAAUCACUGCAUCACCACCAACCUCAUCAGCAUCGGGGGCCCCCCGAUGGGGGCCCCCAACAGGAACCUCUCCGGGGGGCCCCUCAACCCCUCACGAGGCCCCCCUGGGGGCCCCAUCAACCCCGCAGGGGGGCCCCUCGACCCCGCAGGGGGCCCACCUGGGGGCCCCCUCAACCCCGCAGGAUGUUCCCCUGGGGGCCCCCUCAACCCCCCAGGGGGCCCCCCUGGGGGCCCCCCCCUCGACCCUGCAGUGCGCCACGCCUGGGGAUGUCUCAGGCGUGCAGGGGGCCCCCGAAGGGGGGCCCCCAGUGAGCUUGCAAGGGGGCCCCCUCGAGGGCCCCUCAGUUGUCGAGGGUACCAGCCCCGGGGGCCCCCCAGAGGGGCCCCCGUUGUUAGAGGGGGGCUCCCCAGGGGGCCCCCCGAUGUUUGAGGGGGGCCCCCAGUCUGGUGAGGGGAGCUGUGGUGGUGAUAGACAGAGUAAAGAGGAAGAGAGAAAAGAAUAA